AUGAGAGCUUCAUCUUCGGGUGACGAUUCAUCCUCCACUUCGAAUCUUGUUGCUCAUCAUUAUCAGCAAAAUUCCAAUCAUCAUCAUCAGCGGCCCAGUUUAAUUGAUCAUAUUUUGAUGAAUAAUAAUCAGACAAAUAAUAAUAAUUAUUAUCAGCAAGAUAGGGAAUUGGAAGAAGUUUCAACAAGUGUUGUGCAACAUUAUAAUAAUAAUGGUGAUUUAAAUUUUCCAAUUUCUUCUUCUACAUCGUCGUCUUCAUCCACCAAUACAACAAAUAAUAGUCCUAAUCAUACUCCUUCUCCAUCAACAACAAAUCAACAACAUAUAAUUAGUAAUAAUAGUAUAAUUAAUUGUGAAGAAGAUGAAGAAUACUUUAAUCGAACAACAACAAAUAAUAAUCAAAGUAGUAAUACGAGUCAUAAUAAUAUCAUACCAACUAAUAUUCAUACAACAUCAUCCUCAGCCCAUCUGGUGGGCGAAAUUAAUGUACAUAACAAUAAUAAUAAUUUAACGUCUCCUGCUGAUGAUCAAUCAACUGAUGAAGGAAUCUUCCAAAAAACCAAGAGAAAGGGAGAGAACAUUUUGGAAACUAUUCUUAGAUACUUUUGCUGUGUUUCUCACUUUUCGAGGAAUAAUACACAACUACUCGAAUCACACAAUGUUUCGAGUAGUGAUUAUGGAGCACAUAGUUCUGCUUUCAUUAAAGUAUUGAAAAAGAAUGAUCAUAUUAAUAUAGUGAACGAGUCGAAUGUUUCAUCGAGGAGGAGAAGUCGUUUAUCACAAGAGGCUGUCAAGAAGAUUAAAAAGAAAAAGAGAAUUAGACUGAUGAGUGAUAUUGAUGAGGAUAGUGAUAACGAGGAUCAAAUUAUUGAGAGUGAAUAUUCAUUUUGGAUAUGGUUGAAAUGUUUCUUUGGAAAUUUGACAUUCAUGUGUCAUCCUCCAAAGUGUUGCACCAUUUUGAAUAUUUUAAUUAUUUUGUUUAUUGUUCAAGGAAUUUUUGGAAUUAUUUCUUCCUUUAUUUUACUUUAUUCGAGUGGUGAGAGUGUUUUGAAACAAACAGAAUCGAUCCAACAAAUUCAAAUCAAAACCUAUUCCAAGAAUGAAAUUUUAAAGAUUGUGGACUAUACAAAUCUUGCGGUAGAGACAAUCAAGUUUGAGAUGGCCGAAUCUGAUUUUAAUAUUAACAACCAAUUACAUUGGACUAAACUUUUUAAUUAUGUGGCUAGUAUUUAUGGGAAUAGUAUACCAAUAGAUGGCAUAUUUUAUGGUAAAUCGGAUAAUUUCUAUGUAGGAUAUAAUAGAAACGUUCAACACACGAUAAGAAAUGGUACAGCUGGUAAAUCCCAAUGUCAAUACUUUUAUCGUGCUCAUCUCGACACUAUCAUAACUGAUGAUUCUUACUAUUAUGAAAACUUUGACUAUGUUGCUUGUAAUUUGUCAGUUUCGAACACAAAGAGACCUUGGUACUUGCCAUAUACAAAAGAAUCUGAUGCAUCAAAUUCUAUCAAGUGGGCCCCUGUAUUCAAAUCAAUUUAUGGAGACCAAAGUAUUGCUGUGACAAUACCAAUCUAUGUUAAUCAGACAAUUUCACAAGCACUCAAUCAGACAACGCUCAGAUACAUUCCUGUUGAUACUGCUCCUUCAUCAAUUAAGGUUCCAUCUCGCCUAUAUGGUGUUGUUGGAUUUCAAUUACAAUCUAGAGCUUUAGGUGAGCUAUUGAAAAAUAGCUCUGGUUCAUUUGGAGAGGUUGAUAUGGUAUUUAUUACGAAUCCAGAUGGUGAUUUAAUAGCAGUCAAUGCUCAAUCUGGUUCAGAUUACUUUCUGUUUGCCAAAUAUAUCAUACAGGAUUAUAGUGAAAGAGGAGUGUUGCACACUCUCAAUACCACUACUUGCCAGAUAACCAAUGGAGUAUUAUGUUCUCUUUCUUUGGAAAAGAAAUCAUAUUCUUUUGAAGGUGAGGCAUAUUCUGUUGAGCUUUUAUUUGCUACAGAUUUGUAUAGUCUUGGAUGGGGAGUGGCAAUAGCUUCGAAAGUGAAAUCAUUUGCAGAUGAAGUAGUGACAGGCGGUGUCACUUCUGUAGUUGUAUUCGUUAUUGUUUUUAUAUUUGGUAUGAUUAUACUCUUCUUUACCCUCAAAGCAAUUAGUAAUCCAAUACAACAAUUGUCAAUAGACAUGCUCAAAUUGACCAACUUGAAAGAUAACAAGUCAAAGGAACAGACUUUAAGUAUUUUCAGUGAUAUCAGAGAAAUGCAAAUUCACAUCAAGGCAAUGAAAAAAGGUCUAAUUACAUUUUCCAAGUAUGUACCUGAGAUUGUUGUAGAAAAGGUAAUGAUCAAACAAGACUAUUCCUAUGGAGAGGCUGGAUUAACAACACAGAACAUGUCAGUAUUAUGUUGUGAGCUCAAUCCAUCCGAAAUAUUUAGGGAAAUGAAACCUUCCGACCUGUUAGACUUGCUCAAUGAUUACUUUGUGCUUGUUUGCAAUGCAACUCACAAUCAUGGAGGAUUAGUUGACAAGUUUAACACUAAUGCAUUGGUUUGUUAUUUUAACGAGUCAACAUUCCCUGUCUUGAAUCAUGAACAAAAUGCUUGCAGUGCUGCUUUGGAAAUUGUCAAUCAGAUAAGCGAAUUAAUUGAAAAGCACUCAAAGAAAACCUCCUCCAAAAUAUCCAUCAAGGUUUCAGUCAAUAGUGGAGACAUUAUUUGUGGGCUAUUAGGAUCUAAUACUAGAAUGAAUUUCUCCAUGAUUGGAAAAAAUUAUGACAUGGCAAUUAACAUGCUACAAAUGAAUAACCAUUACAAAACCAAGGUACUUAUUGGUCAAAACACCUUACGUAAGGUGAGGGAGAACUUUAUUUGCUACUUUGUAGACAGUUUGGAGACUGAAAAGAUUUCAAUGCCAUGUUCAACAUUUAAAUGUACAUCAAGUGGGGAUUUAUCAAAAUAUGAUGAAGAGGAUAAUAAUGGCAUUUGUAAUGUUUAUGAAUUGAUUUGUCAUAAGGACGAAGCGACAGAACUCCACAAAAAGAUUCAAUCUGAUUUAUACCAAAUCGAGUCUUUCUUAGCGAACCAACAGUAUCACUAUCUGUACGACAAGUGCCUCUGCGUACUAUCCUUAGAAGAUCUUCAGAGUGUUGAAUAUUUAAAAUCCAAAUAUAAAGCCGAAUUGAAUCGACAGAUCCUUUAACUGUGGAUUCAAAAUUUCCUC